AUGGGGUCGUGGUGCUCCAAGGAGAACACGCCGGGGGGCAGGCAGCCGCACGAUCACAACAGCAGUGCCGCGAGUAAAGGGGGCAAGAAUCGGUACGCCAACUUCGGCGAUGAUUACCACACCCUGGAGCAGGUUACCAAUGCCCUUGCACAUGCUGGUCUGGAGUCCUCUAAUCUGAUUGUGGGGAUUGAUUUCACAAAGAGCAACGAAUGGACAGGCAAAGUGUCCUUCAACAACCGGAGCUUGCACGCAAUGGGUAACACUCCAAAUCCAUAUGAGCAGGCCAUAUCCAUCAUAGGGAGAACCCUCGCACAAUUUGACGAGGACAACCUCAUACCAUGCUUUGGAUUUGGCGACAGUCCAACUUCGUUUGCGCCAAUCAUUGAGACUGCUAUUGGAAUUGUUGAUAGUAGUGGUGGCCAGUAUCAUGUCCUGCUUAUAAUAGCAGAUGGACAGGUUACACGCAGCGUUGAAACAGGCAAUGGUCAGUUGAGCCGACAGGAAAGGGAGACCAUAGAUGCCAUUGUGAAGGCUAGUGACUACCCACUUUCAAUUGUGCUUGUUGGUGUUGGGGAUGGGCCAUGGGACAUGAUGAGGCAAUUCGAUGAUAACAUACCUUCCCGCGCAUUCGACAAUUUUCAGUUUGUGAACUUCACACAGAUCAUGUCAAGGCCUAUACCCGCCAGCAAAAAGGAGGCAGAAUUUGCUCUUUCAGCACUGAUGGAGAUUCCAGAACAAUUCAAGGCAGCACUGAGCCUCCAGCUUCUUGGCAAACGAAGAGGAUUUCCGAACCGGCCAGUGCUGCCUCCACCUGGGAAUGGUGGGCUGAAAUACUCUGGAUGGUCAGCAGUAAAACCAACCGAAUCCACUAGCUACGGAUCAGCGCCUGAGAAGCCAUCUGCACCUCGACAGGACAGUGACAUUGGUGAUCCACAGACCUGUCCAAUCUGCUGGAGCCAAACAAAGGACCUUGCUCUCGGGUGUGGGCAUCAGACGUGUUCUGACUGCGCGAAGGAUCUGAAGGGUGGCGAACCGGCCUCAAUUUGGGCCUCCCGCCAGAUCAAGCAGUGCUCAGACAGCACGGCCCUGUCCUCCCUGGCUCGGAUGCUGCACGAGGACAUCCUCACCGACAUCACCAUCAACGCGGCGGACGGCAGCGUGCGUGCGCACCGCGCGAUCCUGGCGACGCGGUCGCCGGUGUUCCGGAGCAUGUUCUCGCACGACCUCCGGGAGAAGGAGCUCUCCACCGUGGACAUCUCCGACAUGACCCUGGACGCGUGCCGCGCCUUCCUCAGCUACAUCUACGGCGACGUGCGCGGCGAGGAGUUCCUCGCAAACCGGCUGGCGCUUCUCCGCGCCGCCGACAAGUAUGACAUCGACGACCUCAGGGAGGCCUGCCACGAGAGCCUGCUGGAGGACAUCGACACGGGCAACGUGCUGGAGCGGCUGCAGACGGCGCACCUGUACCGGCUGCCCAGGCUCAAGGGCGGCUGCCUGAGGUUCCUGGUGGACUUCAGGAAGGUGUACGAGAUGCACGACGACCUCAACGCGUUCCAGCAGACGGCCGACAGGGACCUCGUGGCCGAGGUGUUCCAUGGCGUCCUUGCUGCCUGGAGCGGGCGGUGA